GCUGUUGGAAUCCAGUUCUCCCCGGGCGCCCGUGCUGCUGAGCCUCGGGGCGGAGUGCGCCCUCGGCCUGCCUGUGAUGGACCGCCUAGGAGGGUGUGUUGGGUACCAGCUCUCUGCUCGGACAGAGACCCCAGAAUGGGCUUUAUUUCUCUCUCCCCUGACCCUCCAGAGGGGCGGCUGUUUAGCACAAGGUGGGCCAGGACUUAGUCACAUGGUCACACCCAGCUGCAAGGGAGGCUGGGAAACAGCCACCCACGGGGGCUGCAGGCCCCUGGGCCGCCUUUCACAGCUCAGGGGAGGCAGUGAGGCCGGCGUGCAGGGGCAGGAGUCUCUGCCACAGACACAUCCCCCCCACCCCCCACCCCUGGUCGAUAUUUCUGACGCUUUUGCCAUGGGCGGAGCACACCUGAGGCCAGUGCCGCUCGGUAGACUUGCUGUGGCGAUGGGACUGUUCUCUGAGUCGUCCAGUAUGGUCUCCAUGAGCCACUUGAGGCCAUUGAACACUUCCCGUGUGGCUAGUGCCCCUGAGGAGGGGAACUUUCCAUUUCAGCCACAGCUGGCUGGUGGUCACCUUGUCAGACAAGUCCACCUGGGCCGUGGGAUUGGAAGGGCGCGUUGCCUGCCCAGUAUCCGUCCCCCUUUUCUCAUCUCACAAGCCCAAGUGUGUGGCUACCUUUCUGUCUGGUGAGACCUAAGUGGUGCAGAGAAAGUGUGAAAUACCCAUCUUCAGCUGCUCCAUCCGCUGCCAGAUCCCCGCACUAGCAGCACUCUCUCUCACAGCUGGGACGGUGCCGGAGCGUGAAGGAGUUCGAGAAGCUGAACCGCAUCGGGGAGGGCACCUACGGCAUCGUGUGUGAGUGGCCAGGUGGGAGGCCGGGCCUGGGGAAGCCCCGCAGUGGCUGUCAGGGCCGGAAGGAGCCGGGAUGAAAGCCUGUGCGAGGGAUUACCCACCUGAACAGCCGUCGUGGCUGCCGUGUAACCAUGGGUGGCCCUGUUACAGUAGAAAGUGCAAAACUCGCCAAGAGCUCGCAGCAGCCGGACACUGCUGUGCAUCCCACUGCUGAGUAUCUCCACAGGCCGGCACAGUGCUGUGCGGAGCCAUCUUUGUGCAAAAUAAGGGUUCUUUGUAGAUAAAGUACCUGAUUGGUGUGAGAACAUGGUAGCAACAGAGCUCCAAGCGGUGAUCUGCACACCCGCUCAGGGGGACUUAGAGGGAGCUCUUUAUAACUAGGCACCCUGUGCCCAGGCAGGUGAGGACUCCCCAGGAGCACGUGUCUAGUGGGGCCAUGGGUGUUGGGUUGCAACUGGGCUCCUGGUUGUCAGAGAGAAAGGGAGCCCCAGGCGUCAGGAAGAGGCCGUGUGGUACAAGGGCGUGCGCUCGGGAGCGGGGUGCAUUCCACCACGGAUGAGUUUCCUCCCAGAUCGGGCCCGGGACACCCAGACGGACGAGAUUGUCGCCCUGAAGAAAGUGCGGAUGGACAAGGAGAAGGAUGGGGUCCCCAUCAGCAGCCUUCGGGAGAUCACGCUGCUCCUUCGCCUCCGCCAUCCAAAUAUCGUGGAGCUGAAGGAGGUGGUGGUGGGGAACCACCUGGAGAGCAUCUUCCUGGUGAUGGGCUACUGUGAGCAGGACCUGGCCAGCCUUCUGGAGAACAUGCCAACGCCCUUCUCAGAGGCCCAGGUCAAGUGCAUCGUGCUGCAGGUGCUGCGGGGUCUCCAGUACCUACACCAGAACUUCAUCAUCCACAGGGACCUGAAGGUUUCCAACUUGCUCAUGACCGAUAAGGGUUGCGUGAAGACAGCGGAUUUCGGCCUGGCCCGGGCCUAUGGCAUCCCCGUGAAGCCAAUGACGCCCAAGGUGGUCACUCUGUGGUACCGAGCCCCGGAGCUGCUGCUGGGCACCACCACGCAGACCACCAGCAUCGACAUGUGGGCCAUGGGCUGCGUCCUGGCCGAGCUGCUGGCCCACAAGCCCCUUCUCCCGGGCACAUCUGAGAUCCACCAGGUGGACCUGAUCGUACAGCUGCUGGGGACACCCAGUGAGAACAUCUGGCCGGGCUUCUCCCGGCUGCCACUGGUCAGCCAGUACAGCCUGCGGAAGCAGCCCUACAACAACCUGAAGCACCGGUUCCCGUGGCUCUCAGAGGCCGGCCUGCGCCUGCUGAACCUGCUCUUCAUGUACGACCCCAAGAAAAGGGCGACGGCCGGGGACUGCCUGGAGAGCUCCUACUUCAAGGAGAAGCCCCUGCCCUGUGAGCCGGAGCUCAUGCCCACCUUCCCUCACCACCGCAACAAGCGGGCUGCUCCCACUGUGUCCGAGAGCCAGAGCAAGCGCUGCAGGCCCUGACGCGAAGCCCCCGCCGGCCAGGCUGACGGCUCCCGAGAUCCAGCUGGACCCUUGGCCAGGACUCACCAGCUGCUUCAGCUGACCGCUCUGAUUCCUGCCUCCUCACCCACCACUGCCCCAGAACAGCAGGGUGUGCACUGGUGAUGUGGAUGUGGGCACCCUGAGCCGGGCCCCACCUGAGCUGUGGUGGCCCCACCUGGGGCCCUACUAGGUUCUGCCCAUUGCCACGCCGUGGGCUCCUAGCAGCUCUGGAAGCACCCACCGGGCUCAUCUUGGGGGUGUUGCUGGCUAGGGGUGUGUGGAGGGGUUGGGUGUGGGUUGGAUCCGGGUCUAGGCCAUGACCACUCGGAGACACCAGAGCAAAUGCCCUCCUGGGGGCAGAGCCCCAGGGGAGGGUACGGUUGGUGCUACAGGAACUGAGAUAAAAGCUUUCCUGACAGA